GUGCGCGCAAGCCAGCGAGGGAAUCGCGUGCAUACGCGGACGCACCGCCGGCGACUGACUGGUGCACCCUCGCCCCCACCUCGAAGGCGCACUUGUUGCGGCGGAAGGCGGCGGCACAGAAACGGAAACAAGGCGGGCACUCGGGCGGCCGACGGCGACCGCUGUGCGGCGGGGAGGUGAGACCCCCGGCAGGGGGGGGCAUCGACUUCCCUCCUCUCUCAGACCCUGGGGUCCCCCGCUUAUAUAAAAGGGGGCCGCCUCCCCAUUCGGAAGCCCCCGACCAGCAGUAGUAGCAGCAGCAGCUCAGAGCAGCGCCACAGAGUUGGUCGCGGCGGUAGUACUGUGUAGCUAGAGGCAGCACACGCAUCGUCAUGUCCGUCCUGUUUUUUUCGCCGUGGCUCGAAGUCACGCUGCCCACCUGGCUCGCCGUGUUCGUCGCCGUGCUGUUGGUCAGCCGCCGGUUCCUAACCGGGGUCGCGAGCCAGCUACCGCUGCCCCCGGGACCGUGGGGAUUGCCCCUGGUGGGCUUCCUCCCGUUCCUCGGCAAGGAGUUCCACCGCACCUUGCAGUCGUUGGCGGUCACCUACGGCCCCAUAUACCAGAUAUUCCUGGGCUCCAAGCGGGUCGUGGUCAUCAGCGACCCCAAGCUGGUGCGUCAAGCCUUCAGCCAGGCCGCCUUCUCCGGACGGCCCGACACGGAACUCACCAAGCUCCUUCAGGGAUACGGCAUCAUCAACUCUGCAGGCGCCCUAUGGCGCGAACAGCGUGCUUUCCUGCAUCGCGUGUUCAGGGACUUCGUGCCUCGAUACGGAAGGCCCGGCAGCGUGGCACUCGAGCAGAAAAUGCAGGUGCACAUCGGCGAGUUCCUGUCGUCGCUGGGGCCGUUCGAAGGCAGCUCGCUGCACGUGCGCCGGUCGCUCGCGCGCGCCGUCAGCAACAUCCUCGGCUCGUUCCUCAUGAGCGUCACAUACUCGUCGCGCGACUCCAAGUUCGAGCAGCUGCUCGCGCUCUUCGAGGAAGGAUUCAGGCUUCUCACGCUCGCCGUGCCCGUGAACUUCAUACCGGCGCUGCGCUACGUGCCGGGCUCCAACUGGGCCUACCGGCGCAUUAAGCGCAACCGGCACCAGACGGCCGACUACUUCAGGCGCAUCGCAGACGCGCACCGGUCGUCGUACGUCGAGGGCACCGUGCGCGACAUCGUCGACGCGUACCUCGUCCAGCUGCGGAGGGACAAGGCCAGAGGCAUCCAGCGGGAGGACACGUACUUUUCCGAGGAGCAGUUGGUGCAAGUGCUGAUGGACAUCUUCAGUGCUGGCCUGGAGACCGUCACCUCGACCCUAGAGUGGGCCAUCCUUUUGCUGGUGCGUCACCCGCACGUCCAGCGACGUCUCCAGGAGGAGCUGGACGCCCACCUGGCGUCCGAAGGGGAAAGGCCCGCUAGCAUGGCCGACCUGCCCGCCCUCCCUUAUGCACAGGCCACCAUCCUUGAAGUGCUGCGACGCGCAAACGUCAUAGCGCUCGGAAACGCCCACGCCACAACCUGUGAUGUGGAGCUGGCGGGCUACCGUAUACCGGCAGACACUCAUGUCGUCUCCAACCUUUGGGCCAUCCACAUGGACCCCGACCUGUGGGAGGACCCGGAAGAAUUCCGGCCAGAGCGCUUCUUGGUGGACGGGCAAGUCCAAAAGCCGGAUUACUUCAUGCCCUUCUCUGUCGGUCGACGCAUGUGCCUGGGCAACCACCUGACGCAGACUGAGGUGUUCCUCUUCCUCAGCAACCUGUUGCUUCGCUACACGCUCGAGCUGCCUGAAGGCGAGCAGCCGCCCUCCAUGGACGGCCACGUCGCAGUGUCUCACACGCCCCGACCUUUCCGGGUCAAGAUCACGCCCAGGAACAAUGCCGCCGAUACCACAACAGCCUUUGCCAACGUCGAACAAUUCUGCAGUGACCUUGGUUGA